AUGGAAGUCGAAGAUAAAGUAACGAGUGUUAAAAUGGAGAACAUUAAAGUUAAUGACUUGAAUGGUUUCUUCAUCGACAUGUUCAUGCUAAAGGACAUGUGUGAUGAUUUUGUAGAAUUAUUUAGAAAAGAGGAGAGAUAUUAUUCCAACGAGGAGAAAUAUAACGAGCUACUAGAAGAAGAAGCUAUAAUGCUUGAUAGUAUCCGUAACCUAACAAAUGAAAUAAAAGAGAGCUAUCAAGAUGUAGUUGACGCGUUCUAUGAAAGAAGAUUACAUAGGAUGGAGUCAAGAAUGAUGAAGGCUUUCAAUGAGAUAGAAAAGAAACCAAGAAAGCCAAAAGAAGAAGACAAAUAA